CAUACACAUUAAUCCACUAAUCAAAAUUUAAUUAUAAAAUCGAAUCGCCGUGUACCUAAUAUCUUCCCCAACCUUUGCUCUCUCUCUCUCUCCAUCUCCCUCAUACCUCCUUCUUCUUCUUGAUCCAUCAUCUCUCUCUCUUUCUCUCUUCUCUCUGUUCCUAGUCCAUCGAUUUAACCUCUUUCAGAUUCUCCUUCUUCUUUGACUUUUUUUGACACCGUAGUCUCUUUCCCCUUCCAUCGAUUUAGGGUUUCCGAUUUUCAAAAUCUCCUUUUUAUUUGUUUCCUCUCCUUGUGCAAUUCCCGUCUCGAAUCCAUCUUGACCUGGGGGUCUGAUCCGAUCUCCCUCUAAUCAUAUCGUGAAGCGAGAUUAUGUUUUUGUGCUGCGCUUCUGCUUUGAUCGCUUAGGAUUAUCAAUCGUGUUAUGAUGGUGGGUACUCAAAAUUUAGGUGGUUCGUUGCCGCCGCUGAAUUCUCCUAAAAGCUAUGGAAUUACGAAGCCGCUCUCUCUUGCUGGGCCUUCUUCGGCGGAUAUUAAGCGUAAUGUGGAGCUGGAGAAGUACUUGGUUGAUGAGGGACUCUACGAGAGCAAGGAUGAUACCAUGCGGCGAGAGGAAGUUCUAGGACGCAUCGAUCAGAUUGUAAAGCACUGGGUGAAACAGUUAACGCAGCAAAGAGGAUAUACUGAUCAGAUGGUGGAAGAUGCAAAUGCUGUCAUUUUCACCUUUGGAUCCUACCGACUUGGCGUGCAUGGUCCUGGGGCUGACAUUGAUACUUUGUGUGUUGGGCCAUCUUAUGUUAACCGGGAGGAGGAUUUCUUCAUCAUCUUGCAUGAUAUAUUGGCUGAGAUGGAAGAAGUGACUGAGCUCCAUCCUGUUCCCGAUGCCCAUGUUCCGGUCAUGAAAUUUAAGUUUCAAGGAAUACCGAUUGAUCUGCUCUAUGCUAGCAUAUCACUUUUAGUUGUGCCACAGGAUCUGGAUAUCUCCAGCUCUUCUGUGCUGUGUGAAGUUGAUGAGCCAACCGUUCGAAGUCUUAAUGGUUGUAGAGUUGCUGAUCAGAUUCUUAAACUCGUUCCAAAUUUUGAGCACUUCCGGACAACCUUAAGAUGCCUGAAGUACUGGGCUAAGAAGCGUGGGGUGUAUUCAAAUGUGACUGGAUUUCUUGGCGGUGUAAACUGGGCACUUUUGGUUGCUCGUGUCUGCCAGCUUUAUCCAAAUGCAAUUCCUAGUAUGCUGGUUUCUCGUUUUUUUAGAGUAUAUACUCAAUGGCGGUGGCCGAACCCAGUCAUGCUUUGUGCAAUAGAAGAGGAUGAGCUUGGAUUUCCUGUCUGGGACCGUCGUAAGAAUCAUCGCGACCGCUAUCACCUUAUGCCAAUAAUAACUCCAGCUUACCCAUGCAUGAAUUCUAGUUACAAUGUCUCUCAAAGCACUCUUCGCGUUAUGACAGAGCAGUUCCAGUUUGGUAACAAUAUCUUGCAGGAGAUUGAAUUAAAUAAACAGCACUGGAGCUCUUUAUUUGAACAAUAUAUGUUUUUCGAGGCAUACAAAAACUACCUUCAGGUUGAUAUAGUGGCAGCAGAUGCAGAAGAUUUAUUGGCUUGGAAGGGUUGGGUGGAGUCGCGGUUCAGACAGCUGACCUUAAAGAUAGAAAGAGACACUAAUGGGAUGUUAAUGUGCCAUCCCCAACCAAAUGAGUAUGUAGACACGGCUAGGCAGUUUCUGCAUUGUGCCUUUUUCAUGGGCUUGCAGAGGGCAGAGGGAGUUGGGGGUCAAGAAUGUCAACAGUUUGAUAUACGUGGUACUGUCGAUGAGUUCAGACAAGAAGUAAACAUGUAUAUGUUUUGGAAACCUGGGAUGGAUGUUUUCGUUUCUCAUGUUCGUAGACGACAGCUUCCACCUUUUGUUUUCCCUAAUGGAUAUCGAAGGCCUCGGCAGUCCAGGCACCAAAAUCUACCGGGUGGAAAAUCUGGUGAAGAUGGCAGUGUUUCUCAUUCCGGCUCUGUGGUGGAGAGGCAUGCCAAGCGAAAGAACGAUAGUGAAAUGAUGGAUGUGAGGCCAGAGAAACCUGAGAAGCGUGCAUCUCUUAGUCCACAGAGUCUAGAUAUAGUUUCUCCUGAAAAUAGUGCUAUCACAACUGGUUGGACUCCUCCUGUUUGCAACCUUAGAAGGCCACCAAGCGAGGAAAUAGAAGCUGAUAAUUUGAACACUGAGUGUACUGAACUCACAGACUUAGCUCGAAAUGAGUGUAACUCUGGCAGCGAGCAAGUUCUUGAAGUAGAUAGUAUGGCUGUAGUUCAAGAAUGCUCUGAUCCUGCUGAGCCUUUGGGAAAGUGUGUAACACCUGACUCUGUUGAUGUGGUAGCAUGUGUAAGUGGGCAGGAAGAAAACUUAGAUCGUAAUUUGAGGUCUGUAUCCAUCAGUGGUACUGACUCCCCACUUCUUCCGAGCAGAUCCUGUGGGCAGAACCGUGAUUAUGAGGGUUUCGGGUUUCCUGCUGCAAAUUCAGAUCCUAUGGGAAAGAAAAACUUGUACUCUCAAAGCGGCAUGUCGGAAGACCUUCAGGUUAUUAAGCUACCUCACAGUAGUUAUCAUAAGAUUAGUUCUGUUGAAAAUAUUUAAUAGCUGGUUUAAAAAUGAAUGUCCAAUGAUAUGCGAGCAUCAAUUCUCCACACUACAUGGAAUCUCAUACUGGUUUCAUAGUGUCAAGAAACAUAGGAUGGAGCUAAGUUUGAAAUUUGAUGGUUGUCCAUAAACAGUACUACUUAAGAGGUCAAUGUUUCUGCUGUGUUAUAACUUGCCUUGUGUGAUUUCUGCUGCAUACCGCCUAACUAGUGCAUAUAUAUGAUUGGCAGGUCCUGCACUGCAAAGCAACUCCGCUUGAAACUUAUUGAAUUAGACUUUUCUCUCUUUGAUUAAGUUUUGUAAGGAAUAAAACUAACUUAUGUUGUUGCUCGUAAUCUUGUCUUGUCUUAGUCAAACUCUUUGGUGAGCGGGAUGGAGAAGUCGGAAGACAGAGCUAGGUCAGAAUCUUUCCAGAAGUCACAGAUAAGGCAUGUGUGUUAUGCAAAGUCAUGAUUUCUUUAUGUUAUUCUUGUUGUGUAUUUGGUUUCAUUGGUGCUUUUAUAGCACAAGCAGGUUAAGCUUAAAGUCCACUGUGUGAACGUCCUCUAGGCUAUUGACGUGAAGAAAACGGGGGAUUUCAACUCAAAUUGUUGCGUUGGACAGACGACAGAGUCCAGAAGCUUUUGGUAAGUGAAUUUUUAAUAUGGAAAAAAGAAAAAAGAAAAAAAAAAGUUAAAAAAUGACAUUUGAAAAAUUCAAAAAAAAAAAAAAGAAUUAAGUUAAAAAAAAAAAGGUAACCAAAAGAGAAAAGAAGGUAUAGGCAGAGAAAGCAUUGGUGGUGGUAUUUUGAGUGAGCUUGGAUGAUGACCAAAGCUCAAUAUGCGUCAUCAGGAUCAUAACUUGAAGAUUGAAAUGAUUUAUAUAAUGUCUGGAUGAUGAAUGCUUUUUUUUUUUUAUUAUUCGGCUGUUUCAGACUCUGGUCCUCUUAGGGCUUUGACUUGAAUCGUUUGUGUUUUUUUAAUUUUAUUUUGCGGUUUAUGUAUAUAAGAUCUAUGCCUCCUUGUCUCUCGUUUUUGGAGUUAUGCUGUCAAAACUAAGUGAGAGUAGUUGCAAUGAAAGGCUUUAAAAUAAAGGUUUCUGAUCUAUAUCAAAGUCAAAACACUGUUUCUUUUUUUCUUAUGAUGUAAUAUGAUGGAAAAUCUAUAGAGGAAUUGGAAUAAUUGGUGGUUGAACCGGGAAAGACAGAUUCUCAAAUUUAAAUGUGUCGGAUCUGCUAGUUCCAAAUACAAGUUCAAAGCGUCACUUAAAAUAUAGAGGACCAUGAAUAAGUACAAGAGCUCUGUAUUUGAAAACAUGAAUGGUUGGAAUUCCUACCGAGACCAAACACUUUUUGUGGAGAUAUGUCUUGUUUGGUUGAAUUAUCUUUAAUACAG